UCCCAUGAUGACAUACUGAAACUGAACAAGAAGUUGAAGACUUUCAGUAAUUUUACAAAAAAUAAUGGAUGAACCAAUGGAAGCAGAAGCAGACUCUACUCAGCCUGAUUUAGCACCAGACGAUGGCGACCAAAAAGUAAAGCAUCAUCCUCUCUUACGGCCAGGAAGCAUGGUGAUGAUGACCAUAACAACUGAAGAUUACAGGACACAGUACUGGCCUAAACUAGAGGGAGCCAUAGAUCAACUACUGAGCAUGACCCCCGGGCAGUACAUACCUAUCUCAUAUGAACAAAUGUAUAGCUGUGUUUAUAAAUGUGUCUGUAAGCAGUUCUCUGAGAAACUCUACACAGAUCUGAUGAACCACAUGGCUCUACAUCUUGAGAAACUAAAUGAACAGCUAAAGGCACUGAUGCGGGAUGAAGAACCAAAGUCUUUCAUUGAGAAGUUUUCUUUCAUUUUGAACCAGUAUUUACAGGCCUUAGGUGGCAUUGUCCCUAUUUUUAAUUAUAUGAAUAGAUUUUAUGUUGAAACCAAAUUGAAAACAGAUUUGAAUGAAGAACUGAAGAAAUUAUUUCAACAGCAUGUGUUAGAUCAACAUAUAGAAUUCAUUUUGUCAUUAUUGGAAGAAGCUAAUUCCAAACCAUUCACCAUAUCUCCCCCUACAAUGGCAAACACAGUGAAGAACAUACAUUCUGUAAAUCCAGACUAUGCAAAGAUAAAACCAGGUCUUUUCUCCAGAUUCCUCCCUACCGUUCUUCCCUCCACUUCAGUUAAUGACCUGGAACAGUACAUCGCAGAAACUCGUCAGAUGCAGGAAGAAAUGAAAAUGUUACAGGAAUUCAGGGGGUGUGAUUUCAAACGGAAAAGAGCUGAUGAUGACGUACCUGUAAAAUGAGGAACAAUUGUUGGGAGCUUUUAAUUGACUGUGAUACUGAGGCCAGGAGGAUUUUCUAUUGUGCUGUUGAAUUAAAUUGUAUGUGUGCUAUAUGACAUAAUGUAUAUAAAUCACACACUGUGCUAGAGUGGAGAAGACUUUCCUUCCUCUUUAACACUGGGGUGAUUAUACCCUUUUUGUAAAUUAUUGAGCAUUAUAGGUGUAUAAUUGUUUUUCCUUUAUACUUCACAAAUUCUGUUGCCAUGUGUUCAUUUUUGAUUGGUCAUGUCUUCUUGACCUUUUAAAAAUUCACAAUUUUUUUUUUACCUCAUUUGAAGAAUUCCAUUUUGUAGACAAAAUAUUUGUGUUAUAAGAUACAAUGUAUUACACAAGUAAGCUGUAUUAGUAAGGUAAUCUGUCAGAGUGUCUCAAUAUUUAUGGCAAGUUAGAAUCUGAGACUUCUCAGUCACAAAGUGUUAAAGUACAUCUACAUGGUGUACUAUGUGAAGAAUGGAUCUACUGUUUUACAAUCUGAUUAAAAUCGCUACAUGAGGCGCGACAAUAAAAAAAAGAUAAAGGAGUGGAUUGAGGAUCUGAUUUUAAUCAGAUUGUACUGUUUUAUACAUGUACGGUAUAUGUACAUGUAUUCUUAUCACAAAUUUUAUCUUUCAUUAAUUUUCCCAUCAUUGAGUAUGAUUUGGUCAAAAUUUUAUUCAUUAAUUUGAAAAAAAGAAAGUACCGGUACCCAGAUCACCUUUUUUUAAGUGGAAAAAAAAAGAAUAAUUGUACUCGCUGUGUUGUGUUUGUUGUGUACUAGAAUGCUGCUUUUGAAAGGAAGAUUUGCAAAAAUACAUUUUUCAGUUUGCUGUAAUCUAUGUGAACUGACUUUAGAAAAAAGAUGAUGUGUACAAUUGUUGUAAUAUAAACUGUUUAUACCAAAUAAUAUCUGAUAAAUAAUACACUAGAAAGAGACAUUAAGAAUCAUCUGCUAAUAAUAAAAAAAGUGUCCAUGUACAAUAGUCUAUGUAAAUUAGAAAUACUCUCUAAGAAAACUGUACUUCUAUAUGCAAAUAUUCUACAUUGUAUUUCGACUUUCUUAUAUCAUAUUUUUAUAGUUAUAUCAAUACUAUAGCAGAUUUAUUGACUGGGUCAGAGAUCAAUUAUUAAAACUAGAACCCAUUGAAAUUAUAUAAAAUCACAGAUUGUUUUAUUGAUUAAAAUAUGUUCAUUUUGAUGGAGCUUUGCAGUUACAUAAAUUACACACAGUUACUUUAAAUUCAUGACUAUUGAAUCUACUACACCUAUGAUUCUUGAUACUUUUAUUUUUAUUGCAUGACACUCUUCAAAGAUUUUUUUUUCUCAAAUUAAGUGUCAAUUAUAUUGGGUAUGUUAAAUUUUAUGUUAUGGAUACAUGUUAAGUGAUGAGAAACUUUAAAUAAAGGG